AGGGUAACGCGCGGAAACUCUGAUUCGCUGAUUCGCCAUGCCGCCCAAAGCGAAACAGCAGGUGGAAGCGGUGUCGUUGGGGCCGCAAGUCCGUGAGGGCGAGGUCGUCUUCGGUGUUGCACACAUCUACGCCUCCUUCAACGACACCUUCGUCCAUGUCACUGACCUCUCGGGCAGGGAGACCAUCAUGCGCGUCACUGGAGGCAUGAAGGUGAAGGCAGACCGCGAUGAGUCAUCGCCCUACGCGGCGAUGCUGGCAGCCCAGGAUGUGGCCGCCCGCUGCAAGGAGCUGGGCAUCGGGGCGCUGCACAUCAAGCUCCGCGCCACCGGCGGCACCAAGACCCGGACCCCAGGCCCUGGCGCGCAGAGCGCCCUCCGUGCCUUGGCACGUAGCGGCAUGAAGAUCGGGCGCAUCGAGGACGUGACUCCCAUUCCCACUGACUGCACCCGGCGCAAGUGCGGCCGCCGCGGCCGCCGUCUCUGAGCGCGAGAAUCAACGGGCGAAUUUCGGAGUGUCUGCGGAGAAAGGUUUUGCAGCCCGAGGGUGGCGGUGUGACGCGUU